AUGAGCCAGGAGUCCACCGCGAGCGCCGCGAAUCCUCCCGCGCCGCCAGUCAUCUCCAUCACCGGGCCUCAGGACGAUCUCUUUGAUCCUGACACGCUAGAAUUUCUCCAGGAGUGGGGAAACAAAUAUGUAGGCCCUGCAUCAGCCGUCUCACAGGCGGAAUUCUUCGCGCCUGUGGAAUUACUGUCAAAUGAAGACGCGUCGAAACCGAGAGAUGCUCCAAUCGACGACGAUGACAUUCCACUACAUCCAUCAGCGCCUAGAAUAAUCAUUAGUGAGCCAGAUGCGAUUACCAAAGUGCCUUCUCUGGAAGGGAAAUCGACGUUGAAGAAAGCUUCACGCUUUGAUGAUAAAACAACAUUUCUCGGCGAGAUAGAUGAGCCCGCGCAAGCUAUACCAAGGUUGCGUCAGCGGAGGCACAGCACGAUCAGCAUCCUGCCCGAACGUAGAACGUCUAACGCCGCUGCUUCGCCAGUAAAGGACGCGCAGCCGCGGCCAACCCCCAGGCCAUGGACAACGACUGAAAGCCAUCCUAAAAAUGGGUGGAAGAUGAGAGUGCGAUGUUCUGCUGGCAGUGUAAUAGGAGCGGCUGUUGAUGUUAUUGUGGUGUAUCUGUACAACUCUGCAACGAGUAACCAGCUGGACCGGGAUGCGGAUCUCGCCAUGUUUAAUCAUUAUGAGCAUCCCGAAACCCACGACAGAGAGGUGUCACCUACGAGGAAGAUUCAGCGAGCCAGGACAGAACUUGGAAAGCAACCGAAUCAGGAUGUGCUUGAGUUAACCACAACAAGGCAUUGGGCGCCGCAAGUAGACGCGCAAAGGCUACGACGUCAACAUGUGAACUUUUUGAAAGAUAGCGACAUGUUGCCUAAGCAGAUACCAGGAAUGCGGCUUACUACAGUGGGGUUCGACAUCAAACCGGCUUUAGCAAGUAGACUUGAUCUGGAGGCAGCUGCGCGACAACUGCACAAUCAUCUUCAGCAAUAUCGUAGCGAGCACGCAAAAGCUCCUAUAAUCUUCCUUGGGCAUUCGCUAGGGGGAUUGUUUAUCAUUAAGGCCUUGUCAGUGUACCAAUCCCAGUCUCCUGUCGCCGAUGCUAUACUGGCAGACACAGCCGGCCUUUUCCUCUUUGCGGGCCACACAUCUUUUCCAGAAGCUCGAGUGCAAACACUCGCCAGCCUUUAUGGUGCAAAGCCCACCGACAAGAUGUUCGCCGAGCUCUCUAGAAGCUCGAUGGCGCAAGAUAUAGGUCAAGCUGUGAGGAAUGAGUUGUGCACGAAGUAUCCCCGAGUCAAACCUUCGAACGUUGCUCAACCAGAGCAAAAGGGAGUCACAUCAGUAUCCAUCGGGUUUCCAAUCUUUCAGGUCCUUGCUCGAGGCGAGGCAGAGGAUGCCCUCAGCGGCGUUCUCCGUACGCCGGUGCGGACGAUGGCCCUGGAUAAAGAGCCGUCAAGUUGUCUUAAGUUCACAAGCCCCCAGGAUCCCGACUUUCUCCAUUUGGCGACAUUGAUACAGUCUGCCUUGCAGACCCAUAAGCUUCUUCAUGCUGCCGCUUUGGGUCGGGUCGAUGAUGUCCACUCCAUGAUCCGCAGAGGGACGAAUGUUAACCUUCGAGAUCGAUGGAGUCAGACAGCAUUGCAGGUUUCCGUCCGCUUGAACCAUGAGAAAGUCGUGCUCAGACUACUAGGUGCGAAGCAUGUCGAUCCGAAUCCGCGGGACCAGUUGUCAAACACGCCACUUCACUACGCAGUUCGAACAGGUAACGAGACUAUCGUAAGAGCACUCAUACACAAUGGUGCAGACAUCUCUCUCGAAAACCAACGAAAAAGGACUCCUAGAGACCUUGCAGAGAAGCAGAAAUCCCGAAGACACAUUUCCAAGCUUUUGAAAAGCAAGUUGAUGAGUGGGCCGGAUCAAAGCGCAUCCAGCAAGUUGAUAGGAUCAGGAAAGCCUCCAACAUCACAGGAUGCUAUAAUCGCUUGCAAGAAUUCGCAAAUAACUGUAACAGAAAUAUACGCAACCCGAAACAGCGAUAAGCAUUGGAGCGUUAGCGUCUCGGUCGAAGCACUACUCUAUGGGACCAGCACUUUAGACGACAUACUUGAUCAAGUAAGGCCACAAGCUGUAAAGACAAAAUCACCGGUAUGUGUAUGGGUCCAUGUUCCUGAGAACAACAUGGUGUGGCUGGAGGAUUUAUUCGCCAAGCUCCGUCUUCACCCAGCAAUAUGGCAGGAUACAAGACGAUCAGUCACAGAAUCGCUGCGAAAUCGCGCAAUAACACCGCACUUCAAUGAUGGAGAUACGAGAUCGCUAUUUUUACCAUAUCUUAGUUACGAGGCCAACUUUCGACAAGCUAAGCGCACCACACAUAUCCAAGCCGUUGACGCGACGUACCAACAGAGGAGAAAUACCGAACUUCCUUUCGCAACUAGUGCACUCGCUGCUCUAACUGAGGGAAGCAGCAGCCGGACGAGCGCUGCUGAACGAAGGCUUUUGCUACAAGUUCCGGAGGGAAAGAACCUAGAGAGCUAUCCGUACCUCGAAGAUGAUUCUGAUUCUGAUUUCUCGGAGAUAAUUGAGGCCGACGAUCCCGAUGAACUGGAAGAGGAAGAGAAAGCAUUGAUCAACGCGUACCUUUACAAUCCCCCAGCGCUGCAUGUCCGCCGUACACUGGAUCAAUACUAUUACCACAUGUUGGAAAACACUCAUGAGCGCGACAUAGACCAGGUUGUGUCACGAUGGGCUCAGAAUGUAAAGUCAGCAACGAAUCAUAACAUACUCAUGGUAGAUCAGCUCUGGUUAUGGAUUGGCCACGAUCGCCAGACUGCUGCACCCGGCGAGCUGGAGAUGGAAAUGCUAAGGCGACGGGACCUUAGCAGUGAUAGAUCUCCGGAGAGGAGCAAGACCCAGUAUGUCGUAUCCUGUUUUCCUAACCGGACUGGGAGCGGGCAGCUUUCGCAUCGUACUCUCGACGAUCUCAGACUACGCGUGCUAGACCCGAACAACAGGAAGCGAGACCCCAUUCGUCACCCAGAGGAUCUGGUGUCAAGAAUUCUGGAAACCUGCUGCAGUGUGUUCGAUAGGAUGCAAGAUGUCGAAUGGCUUCGUUUCUAUCAGAUGUUUGAGGACUCUGUUGGGACCAUCGACGACAAAGAAACGAAGCUGUUUCGCGAGUUCCAACGAGGCUCUAACAGACUACUCGAGCUCGACAGCAGUAACAAGUUUUACAACGACAGCAAAAACGCACUUUUGACAGAUCUCCUGGACAUCAGGACGGAGAUCGAUUUGCUGGUGGAGAUCAAAGACAUCCGUGACGAAGUCAACAUUAUUCUCACCGUGUUGAGCAUACAACGGAAGCUUGUCAGCCAGAUGAGCCAGGCUGUGGGAGAAGAGGAUGCGCUGUUGCGUACACCGCUCGUCGAGAACAUGAUCUCAGCGGAUAUCAACGAUUUCACGAAACUAGACAGCCAAGCCAGAACUAUCCAGGAGAAACUCAACACUUUAAUGGACCUCAAGCAGAAGGCUGCGAACGCUUGGGAAGCGAAGGAGGCCCGCGAAACCGCCGUAGCCACCGGUAAGCAGGGCAACACCGUGUUGGUCUUCACUGUCGUAACGAUCGUCUUCCUCCCGUUAUCAUUUAUGUCGUCUUUCUUCGCGAUCGGCAUUGCCGCAUUUCCUCACAAUGAGGAGAGUGGAGAGGUCAAUUGGCCUUUGGGCACCGUAAUGGGCCUUCUCUUCGGCGUCUCGCUCUGUGUAUCCAUACCUCUCAUCAUCUUCGCCUUGAACAUGGAUUACUUCACUUCCGUGUACAAGGAGUUGCGCAACAACUAUCUCGCUGGCAUGGGAAUCAGACUGAUUCCGUUACUGCCCCCGCUUGGCUCGAGCAGCGAUCCCACUGCGUAUCGCAGGCGUUGGACGGGACUACUCCAGAAGCAGAGAGAGGACUAUAUGAGAAAUGGCGACCCGGCAGUCGCAGCCUUGGGUGUAGGACCUGGACACCCUGCCGAUGUGAAGCCGAGCACUAGCUUCCCUUCAACGGUCUCGUCGCAUACUUUCAUAGAAACACACGAAAGCGAGUCGUCUUCUUCGCAAACAAGGACAAGGCAUCGUGGAUUCCGCCCACGGCGAAAAGUGCCGGAUGACGAAAGCUUGAUCAGUAGCUAA